AUGUUAUGUGCGGAAAGAGUAGAUUCCAAUUCGAUUGUAGACUACUCAGAAAAAGUUGCAAAGUUGAAUAAGAAGAAACCAGGUGUUGAUGGUGAGACGGGAGCAAGUGGGUUGGCAGGUCCCAAAGGAUUACCUGGUCUGCCGGGAUUACCGGGUUUACCUGGUCACAGAGGUCAUAAAGGAGAAAUUGGACCAAAUGGCAUUAAAGGAGAUGUUGGACUGAGAGGGCCACCUGGUCCUUAUGGACGAGAUGGUGAAGUAGGUCCUCCUGGAGAGCCUGGUUCAGUUGGACUUCAGGGUCCUACGGGACCAGUUGGAACAGCUGGUUUACGAGGAUUACCCGGACGAAUUGGACCAAACGGACUUAAAGGUGAAUUUGGGGACUCAGGUGAAAUGGGUCCACCUGGUCCUCAAGGUCCUGUAGGUCCACCGGGAGUACCUGGACCUCAAGGUAUACGUGGGCUAACUGGAAAGCCUGGAGCAAGAGGACCACCUGGUGUAACUGGACUACCAGGUAGCCCUGGAAUGACUGGAAAUCCUGGACCACAGGGGAAUGGAGGUCCAAAAGGCGAGCCGGGAUUAACUGGAGAACCUGGAGAUACUGGACCUGUUGGAGCUUCAGGAUAUAAAGGUGAUCGUGGACCUCGUGGUUCACCUGGAGUUAAAGGAACUCAGGGAGCAGCUGGUUUAACUGGUGUUCGUGGGGACAGAGGUGAAAAAGGUUCGAAAGGUGAACGUGGUCUUCCUGGACCACGUGGCAGUGAAGGUCCAGUUGGAAUUAAGGGUGAACCAGGCAUAAUAGGUGAACUCGGUCCUCGCGGAUUGGAAGGCCAGAAAGGGAACGAAGGUCCUCGGGGAAGUCCAGGGUACCCUGGAGGCCCAGGUCCCAAGGGGUCUGUUGGGCCCGUAGGUGCAAUUGGUAGUCCGGGAGAAAAAGGCAACCCAGGUCAUGUAGGAUCGUUAGGUUUGAGCGGACCUGUUGGGCCGCGCGGAGCACCUGGUCCACGUGGUGCCCCGGGUCAAUCUGGACCAGUCGGAUUCAAGGGCGACGAAGGACCAACAGGACCAACAGGGCCUCCUGGAGCUGCUGGUCCUCAAGGUCCGAGGGGUCCUCCUGGAUUUGUGGGGGUUCCAGGUCCUCCGGGUUUACCCGGUCGACCAGGACCAGUUGGGCUUUUAGGAGAUCGAGGUGAACCUGGUGAACCCGGAAUACCUGGUGAAAUUGGACCGAUAGGUAUGGUUGGUGUACCUGGUCAAAAUGGGGAGCAGGGAGCACCAGGAGAACGUGGUCCACCAGGACCACGUGGUCCUCAAGGAAUUCCAGGCAAGCCUGGGGUAGAGGGUAUCGAGGGAGUACAGGGUGAAAAAGGAGCUAAGGGUGCCGCAGGGCCAUCUGGUCCAAGCGGUCCAGUUGGAUUACGAGGAACACGUGGACCGCCAGGUCCAUCAGGAGAUCCAGGUUCUAAAGGAGAUGAAGGUCGCACUGGUCCGCAUGGAAACAUUGGUGACAAAGGUGACAGAGGCCCUCCUGGGCCACAUGGACCACCUGGUCCAAUAGGAACAGUUGGACCACAAGGAUUGCCUGGAAGUCAAGGUGAACCUGGUGACAAGGGUGCGCGAGGUCCUCCAGGCCCAGUCGGCGAAACAGGUGAAAAAGGUGUUCAGGGGUUAAUUGGCAAACCGGGAUUACGUGGAUCAACAGGAGCUGAUGGAGAACAAGGAGACCAAGGAAGUCCAGGUCCACAAGGUACUAAGGGUGAAAGAGGAGAAGUGGGUGAACAAGGUUCUCCUGGACAGCAAGGGGCAGCCGGAUCUCCAGGUCCUCAAGGUAUGGUUGGAGAGCCCGGAGAGGUUGGAAAUGCCGGAGUAACAGGGCCGAAAGGUAUAGAAGGUAAAGUUGGUCCACCGGGACCACCUGGACCUGCUGGUGUGCAAGGCUCACCUGGUCGAAGUGGUCCACGUGGGGAACCUGGUAUUAAAGGAGUGAUCGGCAAAGAAGGCCCACUCGGAUUUCCCGGACCUGUUGGUUUGGCUGGCGCUUCGGGAAAAAUGGGAAUACCUGGUGUACCUGGUCCUCCAGGAUUAUCUGGAUUGAAAGGAGAACAAGGAAAGCCGGGUCCACGGGGUGAACAGGGGGCUCAAGGUACUGUGGGGCCAUCUGGACCAAAAGGAAUGAAAGGGAUGCUUGGUAGACCUGGACGACAAGGUCAGCCUGGUUCUGCAGGACCGCCGGGAAUAGUUGGGGAGCCAGGGGUUCAGGGAGCACAAGGGCCAAUGGGUCCAAUUGGUGCCCCAGGACUGCCGGGUGAGCCUGGUGCCGCAGGUUUACCUGGAAAAGAUGGAGUCCGGGGAGGUAUUGGCCUAGAAGGAAUGUUUGGUGAUGACGGGCCGCCAGGACCUCCCGGAACGGUGGGCGUUCCUGGUGUCCAAGGUCCUCCUGGAACCGCGGGUGAUACUGGCCCUUCGGGAGAUCCGGGAGAUCGUGGUGCUGCUGGACCAAUGGGAGCGCCUGGUGAGCGGGGACCACCCGGAAUCAUGGGAGCUGAAGGACAAGUCGGUCCUCAGGGGCCUGAAGGAGAGCAAGGUCUUCAAGGUCCGCCAGGAGAAUCUGGACCGAAAGGCAAUACAGGCAAACCGGGUUCGCCAGGUUCAAUUGGUCCGAAAGGAGAGUCUGGUCCAAAAGGUGUAGGAGGUAAUCCUGGAACAGUAGGACCAACUGGACUUAAAGGAGAGCAGGGUAGCAUAGGAGACCCUGGACCGACUGGAAAACAAGGUGAAAUGGGUGGACAUGGAGAUCAGGGACCUCCUGGUCCUCGAGGGCCUAAUGGCGAUGAAGGAGAACCUGGGCCUCCAGGUCCAAUAGGCCCUGCUGGCCCACCUGGCUUACAAGGUCCUCGAGGAGAGCAAGGUCAUCAAGGUGAUCCUGGACCAAUGGGUAAACAAGGCCCACAAGGUCAAGUAAAAAUAACCAAUAAUGGAGAAAAUUUACGAAUGAGAUAUAAAAGAUCAGCUAUAAUACAAACCGAAGAAACACUUGAACAAAUAAAUCAAAAUAUAUUUGGACGUGUCGAUGCACUGAAUAAGAAAGUACGUUCAAGACGUUAUGCAACUGGUUUAAGUCCACAAAAUCCAGCACGAACAUGUAAAGAUGUCAGAUUGACUAAUAAAUUUGCUCAAAAUGAUACUUAUUGGAUCGAUCCAAAUGAAGGGUCAAACAAAGAUGCAAUAAGAGCAAAGUGUACAUUUUUUGAUGAUGGCAUUGUUGAGACCUGUGUUGAUUCAAGCAUGGAUCAAGGAAUAUUGGUUACAUAUUUGAAACCACUACCAAGUGAUAGUGAAUGGCAAAGUCAACUGCGUGUGAUGAAUUCUACAACACCACUAGAUUUACAUAAUUAUGGAAGUCAUUCACAAGUUAAUAUGUUACGUAUUCAACAUAGAUAUGCAUCACAAGAACUUGAAUUUUUAUGCGACGGAACAGAAAUCUAUGGUUCAUGGAAUCCACGUACAAGUCAAUCAGAUUUUAAUAAAGCUACUGCUCUGUUGGCACAUAAUGAACGUAUGCUUGAUUUGACUUCAGGUGAAAGAUUAGGACCGGGAAAAUAUCAUAUGGAUAAACGUAAUUAUCGAAAUAAUUUAGAUCGUGUUGACACAAAUAUUAUAAUAGAAUAUGAUGGAUGUCAGUACUUGACAAAAGGUGCAGCCACCAAAUUAUUGAUUGAAACAAGAGACUUAGAAGUAUUACCAAUUAUUGACUUUAAAGUACGUAAUUUUGACAAACAAGGCACAUGUUCACUAAGUGUAAAUGUCGGUGCUGUAUGUUAUCGUACAUAGCAAAAAAUUACGAACAGAAUCGCAGUAAUGAAGAUAAUGGAAGAGAGAAAAUGAAAAUUUCGGAAAAAAAACUAUAUUUCAUUAAAUAAAUUCCUAUGCUCACUAUUUAAUGGACAAUCGUUCACUGUUGUUUUGGUUUUGUCUGUAUGAAUAAUCUUUCAAUUUUGAAUUAAUUUAAUAAAAUCCAUGCUGUUUUAAUGAGCACCAGAAGUGACAAAACUAUGCAAUUUUCAAUUAGAAUUCAAUGAAAGCUAGGUAAAAGCCAUUUUGACUAAUCCUAAAUAUUUUGAUUCAAAACAUAUGUAAAUCCUAUUAGUUGUAAUAGUAUUUUAAGUGUAAAGAUAUCAUUGUUUUCUGGUAAGAAAUGGCAUUUGUAUUCGGGAUUAUUGAUUAAAAGUUUUUAAUGUGUAAAUUAGGUGGAAACUUUUUUCCUAUUGUGACUGAAUUGACCUACAAAUUAACUUAACAAUUUACUCAAAUCAAAUCACAUAUUACAAAGA